AAAUUAAAAGUACAAAAAUUAAGAUGACAUUUCCAUAGCCUGCAAAAUUGAAUGAGAGACAAUGGCUUCCUCUACCUCCAUUUCUCUCUCCUUCCUUGUAAUUAACCCCAAAUCACCUCUUUUUCCUCCACAAAAUCUAUCAAUUUCACAGAUUUCAUCCACGAGAAACCUCUAUCAGUACACGAUUCACCGCCCAAAUCUACUAAUUUCAUCCACAAUCACCCGAAAUCGGAGAUUUUCCUCUACUUCGGAGUUGUCAGAAGUGAAACUAGAUGAAACGGCCGAUCAAAUUGUUUCUUCCACCGGCGACGAAGGAGUUUCCACUGUCAUUCAAUCGCUUUUGUUCAUUGCUUUCGUCGGAUUAUCUAUUCUCACUAUCGGAGUAAUAUACAUUGCCGUUACAGAUUUUUUGCAGAAGAGAGAAAAGGAAAAGUUCGAGAAAGAAGAAGCAGCGAAGAAGAAGAAGAUCGGCCGGAAGGGGAAAAUCGUCGCCAGAGCUAGAGGUGGACCUAGAGGAUUCGGGCAAAAAGUUGAGGAAGCUGAAGAUGAUUAAGGAUGACAAUGGAGCGGGAUCAAAGAGAGGUUAUGAUGCGGGUUUAGUUUGAACCCGCACAAACUUCAACCCGUCCCACUCAAUUUUUCUGUUACAUUGUAAUUUGUAUCAUUUACACUUUAGUAAUAUUAUUGUGAAAAAAGAAGAUUAUUGAAUUACGAGCUGAGUUUAGAAUUUUUAUUUCAUAGCUUUUAAAUUUUGUCCCGAUAAUAUAAUACUUUGUUUAUUAAAAAUUUAUUGAAUUCAGUCAAAUUACUUUUGAUUACUACACACACAGUGUAUGUACAAUCGUUGAGUUGAUAAUAUUCACGUGCAUUUU